UAAACAGUGGUACCAGUACAGUAGUUGGUAAUCUGUGAUCUCUGUGAUGUUCGAAACAUGUGUUGGUGGGAACGAAAUGUUAUGAUAUUUUCACCAAAUGGCUGUCAUAUACUUGAUAUUCUUGUUCAGCCUUACAGAAUAAGCAAUAAACAAUAAAGUAUAUUUGCAGGUUGUGGACUUUGAUAUAAAAUGAGGUUAACAGCAGUACUGUGUAAGCAACACAUUGAACGUAUGUUCAAGAAACAUUGGAGGCUUCAGAAAACACGAGUUCCAUAUCCUACUGAAGCAGAAAGUGAAAUGGAAGCCAGAGGUAUACCAAUUUAUGAGCCAAAUGACAUUAUAGAAGAAAGGCGUGAAUUUGUGAAGGUGGAAGUAAAACGUCAUGAACCUAGGCCAAUACCACGUGAUCAUACGCAUCCAUUUUAUCAUGAAAGAAUCUGCCAUAUGUAUAGAGAUCAUAAUGUUCUUUUGAAAGGUCUGGACCAAGCAAAGAUUCUAACUAAAACAGUGGAAAUUAAAACUGGUUUACCUGUCGAGAUAGAAAACUUAGUGGGAUCGCAGUGUUUACCAGAUCAAGAUGCAUUGGUUCAGAGGUGCAUAAUGAAGGCUCAUGUAUUUGAUGCAAUGCAAGUGAAAUUACCAAAAAUCCAUGACCCACAAAGGCCAGCGUGGAAUUUUCCAAGAGUAUAUGGGAUUACUGACAAGAGAAGAAAUGAUCUUUUGUCUUCAAAACUCUUACAGUUGUGUGAUUUUGCAUGUGAGAAUAGUGCUGAUGCUGUAUCGAGCCGUGCAUUGGUGCAGGAUGAGACUGUAUUUGUGCCACUGGAGAAGGAUGGGGAUCUUAUACAGUUUGAAUUAACAGUAAAUUUUCUGCUGAAUUCUGGAAUACCUCUACCAAUAUAUGCUAAUGCUGAGGAAGUGGAGGGAACAAAAGUUAUUCCUUUACCAGAUCUGUAUCCAAUAAAACACACAGUCACUUUGGAGAGAGAGAACAUAUAUCAAACUAAAAAUAUCUUUCCUGUGCUCCAGGGUAGCCAGUUUCCAUACAUUCAUACUGCUGUCAUUCACUAUAAUGAAACUGAAGUCAAGAAUAUUUAUGAGACUCAUGUCACAGAAGAGCAAAUCCUAGGGAGGACGCUUCUGAAAUCCUUUGCAAUUGCUGCAGCAUAUGCCCAGCAGAGAUUUGGGGUGAAUGUGAAAGACCUUCCAGAACCUAUCACUAUUCAGUGUGUACAGACAGAUGGGAGGUUAUUUCACUUUGCUGUUUUCCAGCUUAACACCCUUGAUCUUAAUGGAAUUGAUGGAAAGAAAAACAUAUUUUGGAUGCUGCCCAGAAUUCCUUUAUUUUCUUCAUGCAUGUAUGUGAAAGGCAAACCAUGUGUUGAGGGUUACAAUCCAGAAGUGUUCUGUAGAUUUCUUGCAUUUUGUUCGAAUGGUUUGCAGUCGUAGUGAUGAUGUAUGCACUAGUGAACUGUAAGAAACUAUUAAAUGUUUAUAUAAAAAAAAA